AUGGCGGCGACGGCUGUGGCGGCGGGGACCGGAGCCCCGGCGGGGACCGAGUCGGCGGAGGGCCCCCCGGGGCCGGCGGCGGCGCUGGAGCUGUGGCUCAACAAAGCCACAGACCCAAGCAUGUCGGAGCAGGAUUGGUCAGCUAUCCAGAAUUUCUGUGAGCAAGUGAACACUGAUCCUAAUGGCCCAACGCAUGCGCCGUGGCUACUGGCCCACAAGAUCCAGUCUCCUCAAGAGAGGGAAGCUCUUUAUGCCUUGACGGUGCUGGAGAUGUGCAUGAACCACUGCGGGGAGAAGUUCCACAGUGAGGUGGCCAAGUUCCGCUUCUUGAAUGAGCUGAUCAAGGUUUUGUCUCCUAAGUACCUAGGGGCCUGGGCCACAGAAAAAGUUAAAGGAAGAGUCAUUGAAAUCCUCUUCAGUUGGACAGUCUGGUUUCCAGAAGAUAUCAAAAUCCGAGAUGCUUAUCAGAUGCUGAAGAAACAAGGAAUCAUAAAGCAAGACCCCAAGCUACCAAUGGAUAAAAUCUUCCCUCCACCUUCUCCCUGGCCUAAGAGCUCCAUCUUUGAUGCUGAUGAAGAGAAAUCAAAGCUUCUGACAAGACUUCUGAAGAGCAACCACCCUGAGGAUCUUCAGGCUGCAAACCGACUCAUCAAGAAUUUGGUCAAGGAGGAACAAGAAAAGUCUGAGAAGGUGUCCAAGAGAGUGAGUGCAGUGGAGGAAGUACGAAGCCAUGUGAAGGUGCUGCAGGAGAUGCUGAGCAUGUACCGCAGGCCAGGCCAGGCCCUGCCUGACCAGGAGGCCCUGCAGGUUGUGUAUGAAAGGUGUGAGAAGUUGCGACCUACCCUAUUCCGGCUGGCAAGUGACACCACAGAUGAUGACGAUGCACUAGCGGAGAUUCUCCAGGCAAACGAUCUUCUCACCCAGGGAGUUCUGCUGUACAAACAGGUGAUGGAGGGCCGAGUCACCUUUGGGAACACAGUGACCAGCUCAGUGGGAGACAUUCCUGUCUCCAGAGUCUUUCAGAACCCAACAGGUUGCAUGAAAAGCUGCCCCCUCAUCGAUCUGGACAUGAACAGUGGGUCUGGGCAGGCUGGGCCUGUGGCGCCGUCAUCUUUGCUUCACCAGGACCUGGAAGCCCUAGGGAUCAGCGACACUCCUGCAAACAAGGUUGCUGGUCAGGAUUGCUAUAAGGAAGAGAAGCAGCCAGCCGCCAUUACACUGCCCUGCAGCGGUGGUGUUCAGAGCCCAUCUGCUGACAGGAACUUGCUGGAUCUCCUGUCACCGCAGCCAUCAGGAACCCUGAAUUAUGUUCCACAGAAAAGUAUCCCCAAGGAAGUGCCACCAGGUACCAAGGCCUCUCCAGGUUGGUCCUGGGAGGCUGGACCAUUAUCUUCCUCUCCGGCCUCACAGAAUUCUCCUCUCGCUCACGUUUUUGUCCCUUUGGAAUCUGUGAAGCCUAGCAGCCUGCCACCCCUCAUCGUGUACGACCGCAACGGCUUCAGGAUUCUGCUUCACUUCUCCCAGACUGGGGCCCCUGGCCACCCAGAAGUGCAGGUGUUACUCUUGACCAUGAUGAGCACUGCUACCCAGCCUGUCUGGGACAUCAUGUUUCAAGUGGCUGUGCCAAAGUCAAUGCGAGUGAAGCUGCAGCCAGCGUCCAGUUCCAAGCUCCCUGCGUUCAGCCCGCUGGUGCCUCCCGCUGUGAUAUCACAGAUGCUGCUGCUGGACAACCCACACAAAGAACCUAUCCGGUUACGAUACAAGCUGACAUUCAACCAGGGUGGACAGCCUUUCAGCGAAGUAGGAGAAGUGAAAGACUUUCCAGACCUGGCUGUCUUGGGGGCAGCCUAACUUCUUAUAAGAUGACUUUUCACACCAGGCGCAGGCCAGCGUUCUUUCGCCGUGUAGUCAGGAGUAGUCGUGAUGAUGUAGUGUCAAGUGCCAAGAGUUCUCUCCUGACGUCAGGCUCUGAAUGCCAACCUCUGACCUAUUCUGCAGAUCCUGUGUGUGUGUGUGUGUGUGUGUGUGUGUGUGUGUGUACAUGUGUGUGUUGUUGGGGGGCUUUGGGAGGGAGAGCUGGGCUUGUGGGAUAUGGGUAGUGUGGGAGAUGUUGAAGCAUUUCUGACAACCAUCUCUGCUGCACUCAUAGCUGUUCCUUUCCUGCAUGUUGGUGGAUGCUGCUGUCCCUGCCUCAGGUUGGAGGUUGUAUAAGCCAAAGUUUUCUUCAUGUAUUAUCUUUUCAUUCAUCCACUCUGUGCCUUGUCAGCCUUUGAAAGUCUUGGUUGCUCCCAGGCUGCUGUUCUCAGGGACCUUAAAAGGGACCUGGUUGGUCUUGGGACAGAGUGUGUCUUCUGGGGCAUGCUCUUCCAAGAAAGACCUUGUCUCCAUUUUCAUUAGCAAAUGCUGCUUGCACAUGUUCAGAACCUAAUGAAUGCUUGUUGGCUGUUUCCGGGCAAGAGGCUGCUGUGAGACCAGAAGACCAUGCUUGGUGGGCCAAUCACGUCCUUCACCACUGUGCCUUAGAAUUGCCCUGAGAUGGAUCUUCUGAGAUAGAGGGAAAGCUGAUCCCUGGCCUUACUCAGGCCUCAGGUUCCGGGGGUUGGGCAGCCUGUCUGGGCCCUUACUCAGGACCCACACUUUCACCCUCAUCCUUUUUGUUCAUGAGCAUCUUCUCUGAGCUCUUCCAUUGUGAACCCAUGUUAAUCACUAUAGAUUGUAGCUAGCGGGCCAGCCCUGUUGACUUCACAAUCCAAAAUUGAACCAUGACACAUAUAGAUAUGGAAUGAGCCAUGGUUUAAGUGGUGACUAAAUACAUAACAUCAUUAAAUAAAUACCAUGUGCAAAUUUG